UGCAAAGGGAUAAAUUUGGCAAAAAGGUUUUGUGCAAUAAAUUGUAUCCAUCAUCAUGCAACUGCUGUCGGGUCUCGUGAAAACAACCGUUCCAAAUUAUCUCUCUGGAUUACCAAUUCCGGAUUCCUUCGGAGGAUGGUUUCGGUUAGGAUUCAAGGACUGGCUGUCGCUGGUGCCACCGACAGCAGCCGUUGCCGGAGUAGUGUACAUGUCCUACUUAGCGUUCUGCCCAGAAGCUCGCCCAAAACCAUCCAAGAGAGCGAACAGCAAGAUUCGGCUGGAGGAGGCAAAAGUAGUUGACAUGAUCGAUAUUGAGGACAUCGCGGAAAAGGCUGCCUUUUGCCGAUGCUGGAAAUCGAAAAAUUGGCCUUACUGCGAUGGAUCACAUGGUGCGCACAAUAAGGAAUGCGGUGAUAACCUCGGACCGGUUGUUGUUCAACGAAAGAAGAACUAAUUCUAGUUGAAUCCGUUCAGUGUUGUUUAUAGUAUACUACUCCCAGUGAUGCAGCAUAGACGAAUAAUUUUCAUUCUAAAUUCAUGGAAUAAGUCUCCAAUGCUUUGAGUCGUGCAGUGUUCAGUGCGUUUGCUCCGCGAACGCCUGUGCAUGUUAAAGGUGCAUUUGGGUAGUAUCGUGAUCGAAGCAUGUUCGCCUGGAGAAAAGAUUGAUGCAAUCUAUCAAUUGUGAAGCUAAGCUUAGCUUACUUCAACAAACGUUUUCUAUGCUUGCAAAACAUAGUAUAAUCGAAAAAACACACAGAAUUAGGGUGCCGGGUAAUUCUAAACUCAUUUUUUAUAUUCCAAUGUUCCGUCUAUUCAUUUCCUUUUUCCAUCCGUCAAUAAAUAUGUUUUACUAUCCUUUUCAGUAGCAAAUU